AUCAAGCAAGGUAUCAAGCAACCUCCUAGACAUGUCCGUUAAGUUCCUGAGCCAAGGUGCCACGAUCAACGAGUUCGUCGUCGGUGGACGCAAUCUCGUGCUGGGCUUCCCCACUCCCGAGCUCUACGUGAAAUACUGUGGCCCCCACUUCGGCGAGACUGUGGGUCGCGUCGCCAACCGCAUCUCAGGCGCCAAGGUGGAGCUCAACGGCAAGUCGUACGAUCUCAUCGCCAACGACGGCGUCAACACGCUGCACGGUGGCAACACGUGGGGACUCAAGGACUUCGAGGGCCCCACGGUCGUCAAGAAUCACGAGGGCAAAGACGCCGUACAAUACAAACUCGUGAGCCCCGACGGAGACUCGGGAUUCCCCGGCACUGUUGAGCUUACCGUCACAUACACACAGACGACAAGUAAGACCGAGAACGGCAAGGAACUCGUGGAACUCGAGGUCGAAUACGAAGUGGAGCUCGUAGGCCCUGGCGACGUCAAGGAGACGGCCAUUAACAUCACUAACCACAGCUAUUUUAACCUCUCGGACCGUGAAACUAUCGACGGUACAGUGGUCACGCUUUCUUCGGACCAAUACUUGUUGCCAGACGAGGGAAACAUUCCCACUGGGGCGAUUGAAACCUUCCCGGGUAUUAAGGGCAAUGAGAAGUUCACGCUCGGGGUCAAGGAGCCUAAUGUGGACCACUGUUUCCUCAUGAACAAAGACUCCAAGAGCAUCCCGCUCGACACGCGCAAUCUGCCGCUGCAGUUGCUGGUUACGGCUGAGCACCCGGAUACUAAGAUCCACCUUGAGGUGUAUAGUACAGAGCCAGCUUUCCAGUUCUACACGGGAUUCUGGAACGACGUACCGGCCGUCGCGGGACAGCCCGCUCGCGGCUCCCGCUCGGGCUUUGCCGUCGAGCCUGGUCGCUUUGUGAACGCUAUCAACACGCCCGAGUGGCGUAACCAGAUGCUGUUACCCAAAGGUGAGAAGUUCGGUAGCCGCAUUGUUUACCGCGCCUGGGCAGCGUAGGCGGGGUUCGUUUAUCGAGCGAUUGAAGGUGUGCGCUAGGUUGGGAUGAUAUGAACGCAGGAGCUUUUUGAUGCGAAGGUGUAGCACAAGAUGGAGCAGUGUACGCAAUAAUGAGUUAAUACAAAUUUUGUCUUACAUGAUGAUAAGGUAUGGA